AUGACACGUGUUUUCAAGAUGGCGGCGGCGAUGAUGUGGACACUGCUGCUAGUGUCCACGCUGCCUUCAGUAGCACCCUUUUAUGUGCCAGGGGUUGCGCCCAUCAAUUUCCAUCAGAACAGCCCUGUUGAAAUAAAGGCUGUUAAAUUGACGAGCUCUAGAACCCAGCUGCCCUACGAGUACUACUCACUCCCCUUCUGUAAGCCUGACAACAUUGUCUACAAAGCAGAGAACCUUGGUGAGGUUCUGCGUGGAGAUCGUAUCGUCAACACUCUGUACACAGUUCUCAUGAACCUGGACAAAAAGUGUGAGGUGUUGUGUAAAAAGCCAGAUAACCCCAUCAAACUCAGCAUGGAUGAGAGCAAACUGCUAGCGGAACGCAUCCAGGAAGAGUACUAUGUCCACCUCAUUGCAGAUAAUCUCCCUGUGGCAACUCGACUUGAGUUUUACCCAAACAAAGAGGAAGGAGCAGAAGAGGAACAGAGAAAGGACACCGCAAAAGAUAUUCAGUUUGAGCAUGGCUACAGGCUCGGCUUCACGGAAAACAAGAAGUUCUAUUUGCACAACCACUUGUCCUUCAUACUGUACUACCACAAAGAAAAGGUGGAGGAGGAGGAUGAACACAAUUACCGUGUUGUACGUUUUGAGGUCAUGCCAAAGAGUGUAAAAUUAGAAGAUAUAAAAGCUGACGAGCAGGGCAUAUGCACAUUACCUGAAACCAUCGCUCCUGUCCCUCAGGAGAUCGACCCAGCCAAAGAGAACAGCAUUCUCUUCACCUACUCUGUGCGCUGGGAGGAGAGUGAAGUAAAAUGGGCGUCUCGCUGGGACACGUACCUCACCAUGAGCGACGUGCAGAUCCACUGGUUCUCCAUCGUCAACUCCGUGGUCGUGGUGUUCUUUCUAUCAGGCAUCCUAAGUAUGAUCAUCAUCAGGACCUUGAGGAAGGACAUUGCCAACUACAACAGAGAAGAUGACAUUGAGGACACAAUGGAGGAAUCUGGAUGGAAGAACGUUCAUGGUGACGUGUUCCGUCCUCCUCAGUAUCCCAUGAUCCUUAGCUCUCUGCUGGGCUCUGGUAUCCAGCUCUUCUGCAUGAUUCUCAUUGUUAUCUUUGUGGCUAUGCUGGGAAUGUUGUCUCCAUCCACUCGAGGAGCUCUGAUGACGACAGCCUGCUUCCUCUUCAUGUUCAUGGGUUUGUUUGGAGGAUACUUUGCAGGUCGCCUCUACCGUACUCUUAAAGGCCACAGAUGGAAGAAAGGAGCAUUCUGUACUGCAACUCUGUACCCAGCUGUUGUUUUUGGAAUCUGUUUAGUGUUGAACUGUUUCAUCUGGGGAGAGCAUUCAUCUGGUGCUGUUCCUUUCACUACAAUGCUAGCUCUGUUGUGUAUGUGGUUUGGUAUUUCUAUGCCUCUUGUGUACCUGGGCUACUAUUUUGGUUUCCGGAAGCAGCCAUAUGACAAUCCAGUUCGCACCAAUCAGAUCCCCCGACAGGUCCCCGAGCAACGCUGGUACAUGAACAAGUUUGUUGGAAUCCUGAUGGCGGGAAUUCUGCCAUUCGGUGCCAUGUUUAUCGAGCUCUUCUUCAUCUUUAGUGCUAUCUGGGAAAACCAGUUUUAUUACCUGUUUGGCUUCCUCUUCCUUGUCUUCAUCAUUCUUGUGGUUUCCUGCUCUCAAAUCAGCAUUGUCAUGGCCUACUUCCAGCUAUGUGCAGAGGACUAUCGAUGGUGGUGGAGGACGUUUCUCGUGUCCGGAGGCUCUGCAUUUUAUGUCCUAGUCUAUGCUGUUUUCUAUUUUGUUAACAAGCUGGACAUUGUGGAGUUUAUUCCUUCUCUGCUGUAUUUUGGCUACACAGCCCUCAUGGUUUUGUCUUUCUGGCUGCUAACGGGGACGAUUGGCUUCUACGCCGCAUACGUGUUCAUACGGAAAAUUUACGCUGCAGUCAAAAUCGAUUGAUAUGCAUCUCCUUUUGGUUUUUGAUUUAGAUUUUUUUUCUGUUUUGUGAAGCAAGCACUGAUGUGUGUCUCAAUUGACAGAGUAUGAGGUACAACAGCGCCCCCCAUGGAUUGGAGGUUUUCUACACGGGGGUCAAAAACGUCCCUGUCUCUGCAGAGUGAAACAUCAUGAACUAUUAAAUUUUUUAAUGUCUGUAUAUCUUUUUGCACACAAACAACAUGGGCCAAAGUGUGACGAAUGACUUGUCCUUUUUUGGGGUGGGGAUGUAGGGGGCCGGGUUUUCAUGCUUUCAUGAAUGAAGACAUUGAGGGUUAGUUGAAUAUGAUAUCAUUUUACAAGUUAACUUUGUGUCCUCUUUUAAUAUAAUGUUUAAUUUGAACCUGUUCCCAUGUCUUUGAUUCAGAACUGAGUUUUUGAAUGCUUGUUGUCUUGGGGUGUGUGUGUAUAUAUGUGUGACAAGCCUGCUGGAAGUGUGGUCACUCUGUGGUCAUUAUAUGUCGCAUGGACUGAAAUUAUGGAAUGUAAAGACAUGACAAGGCAAGUACAUUAAAGAACAAGUAUGUUUCCUAGUGUUUCCUUGUUCUUGUCUGCUCAAUUCAAGCCCAUUAGACCUUUAUUAAAUUGUUCCUGAAAAGCUGAUGUAAUUCCUGUGACCCUUUCAAAACAAUUUUUUUUGUGAGGGGGUUUGAGUAACAAUGUUGGUACGUGUCCAAGUGGGUCACUCUAAACAAACAGCGCCACAGAAAGACACUGCUUACAGUUUUUGAGAAAAGUUGAGAUUGAAUGACUUCCUAAUAGUUGUCUAUUUGGAUAGGAGAAAGUAUUUUAACAGAAAAAGUUACACAUCAUCUUUAAUUCCGGAUUUAGUACAAGUUGAGCUCUAUUGUCAGCAUUUAUGGCAUAAUAUUUAUUACCACAAAAAUGAAUUUCGUCUUGUAGCAAGUUGGGGACGAUUUUUGGAGGGUUAAAACAGAAAUGUGAAGCUUAUAAUAUAUAAAGGCACUUGCGUUAGUUCUUCUGUUAAAACGUUGUUUAAAUUGUUGUUUUAGGGUUUGUUGACGACAUCAUGGUAACAAAGUUGUAAAUUUGGCUAUAAAUUUACAAAGAAAAGGUUAGUAAUGAGUUUAUCACACUAAAAACGUGUUAACAUGCAAAUUAUUUAUGUCUUGUGGCUUUACUUUUUUCCAUUGCAAGUGCUUCAACUAUAACCACGAUUUAUUAAUUUUUUUUUUAAGAAAAGGAAGGACGAGUAAAAAUGUUUUGUGGUAAUCAGCAUUCUGCCACAAAUGCUGUCAACUGAGCUCAACUUGUAUUGAACCCGUAAUAUUCCUUCAAUUUCACAUCUGCGAUUAUAACACUAUAGCCAUUUAUUUAUUUUAUUAUUAUUUUUGUGGAUGUCCAUUUAUGUCCUCUCAUGACAUUGAUGGUGGUACUCCACCUUCUGUAUCCUAAAAAAACAGGAUGUGGAGCAACAUCUGUGCUCCGUGCAGCAGGUUGCAGUGUAUUUGUUGGGUGGCAGGUGAGGGUCAGUAGAAGGUAGUAGCUUGCAAUGUUAAGGUUUAGAUUUGAGUCAAUGUUGUUGCUACCAUUAAUUUAUAGGUUUAUUGAACAUCCCCAAAGACAAAUGUAAAGAUCAACAUAAGCAUUGGUACACAUUAUAGAUUCCUCAUUAAAAAAAAAAAAACACUUGCAGCAUACUCGGAUCUCAUCUUUGGAGACUUUUGCCAGAAAGUGAUGCGGUUCUAAGGGGUAAUGGUUUAAAACACAAUUGCCAAAUGAUUCUUUUUUUAUUUUUAUUUUUUAAAUACAGUUACUGUAAACACAAUGACUGAACCAGUCUGUAUUAAUUGACAUCUUCCUCAUCUGUCCACCUUUUCUUCAAACUUCAACAUCCCUUUGUUUGUUUCUAAUGCAAGGGGUUCUGAAUUUCUGGAAGACUGUAUGACAAACAAAAAAAAAACAAAUGCAAGGACAACAGAAUAUAUUUUGUACUCAUGUUCUUCAUUCUGCCUGUUGUGUGGGGGUUGGUGGGACUCUGUAUGUUUGUGGUGUAAAUACAGUGCUUUAUAUGGAUGCUUUUUAGGUUAUUACGUCUUUGUUUUAAGGCAAAAGCAUGUUUUAUUUGGUUACGAAUAUUUAUUUUCCUCUCUCCUUUAAGAAUGUCUAUUUCUAAUGUAUAAAAUAAUAAAAGUGCCAAU